AUGACCUUGGGAGACCUUGACAAGCAAGGUGAUUUUGACAAUCUGACUUCAGAUUCGAACUCAGGAUGCGAAACUACGUCCAAAAACACCCCUCCAAAGUUUUUCCCACGAGGGAUUGGGUUGGCCAAAAUUUUUGACAAGUUUUGUCGUUUCGUAGGGGUCUUCAACAGGUCUUGGGACCCCCCCUGGCAGGCUCCCAAUGCCGGUGGUCAUUUAAAAAUUGAGUGGCACUUGCUAAACAUUGUAAUUCUGAUCAGAAGUUAA